AUGCACAUCCUACCCACCCCCGACACCAAGUCGGAAAUCGACCAACCGCCUUCUGAACAGGAAAGCAUAAAGCGGCGAUCCGCGGGCGUGUUCGCAGGCUUCGCGCUCUUCCCUGCCUGGUUUCGGCAGCACCUCCCGCUAGAUAAGGAUCGCACGUAUUUUGGGCUGCGCCGGAAUGUCUUCCUUCUUGUUCUGCUGGGUGCGGCGCUGGCGCUGCUUGCGUUGAUUCUGGGGCUGGCAAUUGGCUUGACUGCCGGGAGACAUGGAAAAUCGAAAUCCUAUAUCCCCAAUCCUUCCAACAAAGCUCUUAAUACCGGCGAGGCAACCUAUUACGCACCCGGUCUCGGCGCCUGCGGCAUAACCUCCACCGACACCGAAGCAAUCGUCGCCGUCUCUCAUGUCGUGUUCGAUGCCGUCCAGGUCGGCUCCAAUCCUAACGCGAACCCUCUCUGCGGUACGAAGGUCUGGGCUACGAGAGUAAGGGAGGAGACUGGAAAGAAUGUGUCGGUGGUCGCCACCGUCGUCGAUAGAUGCACUGGAUGCAAGCCGGGGGACCUAGAUUUUAGCCUGGGGCUAUUUGAGCAGCUGGCGGCGAAGGAACUAGGGAGAGUUAUGAUUAGUUGGUCGUGGCUUUGA